GUUAUGACAGAUGUCAAAUUGGUUUCGAGUUUCGAUAAAUUAAGUUUUUUUAUCAUAUCAGACAAGUGUUGAAGAGUGUCCGGUCGGUUAGCGCGAUUAAACUGGCGCCCAGUUAAAUUUUUUACCGCGACGUAGUCGUUUCCAAUUAACCAUUUAUUCCCAAUAAAAUGACUUUAGUGAUGACACGGCCUAAAAUAGAUAUUAUGAAUUAACUCACCCGUUCGUUAUAUAUCUUAUACAUAAGAUUGAAUAAAUUAAUUUAUGCUGUCUGUAGUCUGAUCGAUAAUUGUGUCAUAGAAUUUAAGAAAUAAACAUAAAGUAUAAGACCUUAGUUACGUAGAUGCGUUGAAAUUUUAAUGGUGCUCGAGGCUGUGAUAGUGGAAAUUGAUGAUAUUACGAAAAUACGUAAACAAUUACGAAAUAAACUUGUAGUGGGUGUGAAAACAAAUAUUUGAAGUACAUUUAGUGAUGCUACUGCUUCUUUAAAGAUAUCAACACGUCUGCACGCAAGGAAGAACACGUUGAUUAUGACGUUUUCGUAUGUAAUAAUGAUACAACGCCAUCUAGCGGACGAGCAUUAACAUAGCAUUUAGCGAGCGUUACCAUGCUUCUUGUUUGAAAUGUUUAACGAUGCCAAGGCUAAAGUAUGCCUCGGUUCUACGUGUGGUUGUCAUAUUGGGCCUUUUAUGUUUAUGGAUUCAGAUUAUGUUGUCCGCAUCAAAUGGUGUCAUCGAUAGAGAUGGUGAUGAGCUGAUGAACUUGAAUGAUACAUCAGAACAAGUGCUAGCACUGGUGCCACCUGAGCUUCAUAAAUACCUCACUGUACAUAACAAGAAUAUUACAGUUAAUUCAACUGAGAAAGCAAAUCCAAAGAACGUGUCAGACAUCCGACGUGCUAUCCACAGAUAUAAUGAAGCUCAGACUAUAUACAAUGAAGAUAUAUUCGGUCCAGUCCAGAAUGACACCAUUAUCAUUGCUAUUCAGGUCCACACUAGACUUACGUAUCUACGUCACUUGAUCGUGUCUUUGGCUCAAGCGAGAGACAUCGAUAAAACUUUAUUAGUUUUUUCUCACGACUACUAUGAUGAAGAAAUUAACUCUUUAGUAAGAAGUAUAGAUUUUACUAAGGUCAUGCAAAUUUUUUAUCCAUUUUCCAUACAAACUCAUCCAAAUGAGUUUCCAGGAGUCGACCCCAACGACUGUCCGAGAGACGUACGACUCGAACAGGCGAUAAAGUUGAAAUGCAACAACGCCCACCAUCCCGAUCUCCACGGACACUAUCGCGAGGCGAAGUACACACAGACCAAACAUCAUUGGUGGUGGAAAGCGAAUAGAAUAUUCAACCAGCUGCAGUGUACUGCUGGGCAUACAGGUAUGGUGGUCUUUUUGGAAGAAGACCACUAUGUGGCUGAAGAUUUCAUACAUAUGCUGCAUCUCCUGAGGAGUACAGCUGAUAGAAGCUGUCCACAUUGUGAGAUGUUGUGUCUCGGAACAUAUUUGAAAACUUACCAGUAUCAUACUAAUGGAGAUAAGCGGAAGCAACUUAGCCUGAGUUACAUCCAGCAAGUGAGAGCGGCGAAUGAGGAAAGAAGACGCAAGAUGCAAGACACUCAGUGGAAUUACCAAGUUUAUCCAUAUCUCUACUCCAGCAACCAAAAGGUAGAAAUUACCCCAUGGCACUCGAGUAUGCAUAACAUGGGGAUGGUAUUUAAUAGAACCGUAUGGAACAAUAUAAUGGAAUUGCAAGAACAGUUUUGUGCUUACGAUGAUUACAACUGGGAUUAUUCCUUGCUACAUUUGUCCCAGAAUCGACCUAAGAGAGAUAAGUUCAAAGUGAUUCUGUGUAAAGGACCUCGUGUCUUUCAUAUUGGAGAAUGUGGCAUCCACCACAAGAAAUCCAACUGUAACGCGUCAACAGUUAUCAGUAAAGUACAAAAAUUACUACAGAACGCUAAAUCCUAUUUGUAUCCGACGCGUGUAUCAGCCACGAUUAGCGCAGGUGGAGCUAAACAUAACAAGAAGUUAACCAAAGGAAAUGGCGGUUGGGGAGAUAUUAGGGAUCAAGAACUUUGCACGAAUAUGACUAAAGUCGACAGACAAAUGAGGAAAUAUAUUCAUUUUGCUUAGUACCGCCAUUUUGUUGUACCAAAUAAAUGACCACAUUUUAUUUAAGUAAAAAACGUCAGAUCAAUAUCAAAGUAACGGCUCUAUUUUUUUCAAUACUAUCCUA